AUGCCGAGACUUUUAGAAGAUCCCGUAUUGCCAUGCCGAGCAACCUUACAAGAGCCGGCCGCGAAGGAGCUAUCGUCCACUGGGACCGGCGGUUUCAUCACGUUGCAACUACUAUCUGCUGAGGUGAAAUGGAUAUUAGACUUUAAUAUCUUAAAGUUGGAGGUCCCAAUUUGGCGAGAUUGCUCGCACCGUUAG